GUUCGUGCCCCGACUGCUGAUCAAUCUGGCGGCGGGCCAUGUCUCGAUCAAACAUGGCUUCAUGGGCCCGAACCACGCCGCAACGACGGCGUGCACCACCGGGAUUCAUGCCAUCGGCGACGCCUCGCGACUCAUCAUGUUCGGGGACGCCGAUGUUAUGGUGGCCGGCGGAGCAGAGUCUUGCAUCCACCCGCUGGCCAUUGCGGGAUUCGCGCGAGCACGAAGCCUGGCUACAGACUGGAACGACGCGCCCACGGCCUCAUCUCGACCCUUUGACCGCGACCGGGCAGGAUUCGUGAUCGGUGAGGGUGCUGGUGUUGUGGUUUUAGAGGAGCUCGAACAUGCAAAGGCACGCAACGCCAACAUAUACGCCGAGGUCAGAGGCUAUGGUUUGUCGUCAGAUGCAUUCCAUAUGACUGCGCCGCAAGAAGACGGUGCGGGCGCGUACUUGGCGAUGCGACAAGCCUUGAAGCACGCUCAUCUCAAACCGGGCCAGAUUGACUAUGUCAAUGCCCAUGCCACAUCGACCAAGCUCGGCGACGCCGCGGAGAAUCGAGCGAUCAAGAGGCUGCUGCUCGGCGAAGAAGGCCGAACUGACGCUUCCCAGAUCAACGUGUCGAGCACCAAAGGCGCCGUGGGCCAUCUCCUGGGUGCAGCCGGUGCAGUCGAAGCCAUCUUCACCAUACUUGCGUGCCACAAUAAUGUCCUUCCGCCAACACUCAAUCUCGACAAUCCUGGCAGUCCGGCCUCGGAUUUCGACUGCAAUUACGUUCCUCACACAGCGCAACAGCUUACAGUAAAUGCAGCGUUGACCAACAGCUUCGGCUUUGGUGGUACCAACGCCAGUCUAUGCAUAUCAAAACUACUUUGAGGCAUAGGUACUGAGCUUCCUAUUAUACCAGGUAAUUAUUAGGUACUCUCAAUUCGCAGGUCGACUGCCAACGGCUACCGCUUGCGGGUGUGUGUAAGCAACACCGGAUACCCCGCAGUGCGUGGGGAUUAUGCGAAAAGAAGUGCACCUGCCAACAUUGGCUUCAGUUGCUACAUGAAUCUGCGCUGCGGCACAUGAGAACAUUGUGUUGCCCGAUACCAUCGCUGGAGCCUGGGGCCUUAUCGCGAGCACUCCCUGCACUCAGGUACUUACUCCUAAAGCCAGUUGACCCCAGGCCCCUUUGCCUUCACUGUGCGACCAACCACAGUUGUUAGCCCUCCCACAUGGACCGUGACGUAGAACGAAAUGCUCUGGUGGUAAAGUGGAGGAAACACGCAGCAUACUACCACGACCAGAUACCAUGGAUAAGGAAGCUGCCUGGGAAUGCCGUGGCCAUCGUCCUAUUGCUCGUUGUGGUCCAGCUUGUGGUUUGGAUUGCUGUGGGCAUUGUGCUACACUUCCAUACCGCGCUGAUCUCCACAGCUGUCCUGUCGUACACGCUUGGACUUCGCCAUGCCUUGGACGCGGAUCAUAUAUCGGCCAUCGAUCUCAUGACUCGGCGUUUAGUCGCAUCUGGACAGAAGCCAGUGACUGUCGGCACCUGGUUCAGCCUUGGCCACAGCACGAUUGUCGUUAUCACAAGCGUCGUGGUCGCAGCAAGUAGUGCUGCCAUACAAAAGCGUUUCGAUGACUACAGCACCAUCGGAUCGAUUAUUGGCUCCUCCGUCUCGGCCGCCUUUCUCAUCAUUCUGGGAGCGAUGAAUUGCUGGAUUCUCUACAAGCUCUACCAGCAACUUCAGCGAGCGGUGGCUUCACCCAUCGGCCAAGAGAGCUUAAGCUAUAGCUUCGAAGGAGGUGGGUGCAUGACGACCAUCCUUGGCCAAACAUUCAAACUGGUCGAUCGUCCCUGGAAAAUGUAUCCUCUCGGUGUCCUCUUUGGCUUGGGCUUCGAUACGUCUUCUGAGAUUGCCUUGCUCGGCAUCAGCAGUAUCCAAGCUGCGCAGGGAACAUCGAUCUGGCUCAUCUUGAUCUUCCCCAUCCUUUUCACGGCAGGCAUGUGCCUUUUGGAUACUUUCGAUGGCGCAGCGAUGAUGUCCUUGUACACUUCUGCACGUCUUGCCAAGGAUGCCAUUGCAGUGUUGUACUAUCAAUGUGUGUUGACCGCCGUCACUGUGGCCGUGGCCAUCAGCAUAGGUGUCAUACAGCUGUUGACUAUGAUUCACAAUGUACGUCCCGAUUUUGAUGGUCCGUUCUGGGACGGCGUGGAUAUUGCAGGAGACCACUACGAUAUCAUCGGUGGGGCUAUAUGUGGAAGUUUCGUGGUGUUUGGCUUGAUGUCAGUGCUACUGUAUAAGCCCUGGAGGAGUAACGUGGAAAGAAAGAGACGUGUGGCGCAGAGUGCUGGUGAUGAGGAAGAGGAGCCGGAGGAGGGGGAGGGGGAGGCGCAAGAAGGCAAUACAGGUCAUGGAGAAGUUGAACUGCUGGAUGAUCAGCAGUGGGUCGAUUCCUCCGCUGUGAAAGUGCAUUGCCACCAGGACACAGCCAAGGACAGCACUGUGACAACCACGGCACAAGCAGCAGGCGCGAGUUCGAGACCACCAUGAAGCAUCCCAAGUGUCAAAAAUAGAAAAGAACAGCGGUUCUGCUCGGAUUAUCUCAUGAAAAUGCGUGGCGCUCGUCUCGUCUCGUCCCGUUUACCAGAGGUCACUAGGUACUUACAUGUAAGAUUGUCGACUGCACAAUAAUGCCACAAUAUAUAUAUACACCUUAUGCAUAUAGGUAUGUAUAUACUUACAUGCGGC